GCCUUGGCUGCUGGCUUCAAGCAAAUAGCCAGGGCCAAGGUCUCCGCCCAGGAGCUGGUGAAGUGGGUGGGAGAAGAAUAGAGAGGUAGCUGGCAGGGCCUGGGAAGACCCGCCAGAAAGCUAGUGUCCUGGCAGGGCCGUGCGGACACCACUGGGGGUGGCAGCAGCGUGGGAGCUCCGGGGACCCGGGGACUGCCUCUGUCAGCAGGCCGGAAGAUUGGGACUUUACCAAGCAGACGUGACUCCCUGCCCUGCCUCUGCACGCCAGGCCAUGGCCGACACCAUCUUCGGCAGUGGCAAUGACCAGUGGGUUUGCCCGAAUGACCGGCAGCUUGCCCUGCGAGCCAAGCUGCAGACGGGCUGGUCUGUGCACACCUAUCAGACAGAGAAGCAGAGGAAGAGCCAGUGCCUCAGCCCUGCCGAGGUAGAGGCCAUCCUGCAGGUGAUCCAGCGAGCAGAGCGGCUUGACGUCCUGGAGCAGCAGAGAAUCGGGCGGCUGGUGGAGCGGCUGGAGACCAUGAGGCGGAACGUGAUGGGGAACGGCCUCUCCCAGUGUCUGCUCUGUGGGGAGGUGCUGGGCUUCCUGGCCAGCUCCUCAGUGUUCUGUAAAGACUGCAGGAAGAAAGUGUGCACCAAAUGUGGGAUCGAGGCCUCCCCCGGCCAGAAGCGGCCUCUGUGGCUGUGCAAGAUCUGCAGUGAGCAGAGAGAGGUGUGGAAGAGGUCAGGGGCCUGGUUCUACAGAGGGCUCCCCAAGUACAUCCUGCCACUGAAGACCCCCGGCCGGGCCGAUGACCCCCACUUCCAACCUUUGCCAAUGGAACCUACCAAGCCAAAGCCCAGAAGCACCGAGAUGAGUCGUGUCUACACGUGGGCCCGAGGGAGAGUGGUUUCCAGUGACAGUGACAGUGACUCGGAUCUCAGCUCCUCCAGCCUGGAGGACAGACUCCUGCCAACUGGGACUGGGGUGAGGGACUCCAAAGGCGACAGACCCCGGGGGGAAUCCGGUGGCAGCACGGAGUCCCCUAAGAUGAAGCCCGCCCCCCAGCCCAGCCACCUGCCGGAGAGCCAGAGCAGCCUGGCCAGUGAGACCGGGGCUGGUUCUGCAGACCUGCAGCCGGAAGAAGAGCCCGACCCUGAACAUUGCCCUUCAGAGCUGAGCUUGGCCCCUCGAGAUGAACGGUGGAUCCAGGGACUGUGGGACGAGAGUCUCACCUACCCUCUCUCUGCCUGUGACUCCAGAAAUAGGGAGCAACACCCGCCCUUCAUUCAAGGCUGGCCCAGGAGCUGCAGUUGA